AUGGCCUCAGAUAACGAUGACGACGAUAUCGGCUUUGAUAUAUCAGAUGAUGAAAUCUACGUGCCGGUAGCUCAGAGACGAGCGGCGCUAUUCAACAAGCAGAAAACCAACACCAAAGGUGAACCGGGUCCUGUGGCUGUGUCUGUGACAGCGACUGCUCCAGCGUCUCAAUCUCUCCCCGAAGAAGUAAAGACGCAGAGCAGCAAGACGUUGCUUGAAGAGGCGCAGCACGUGAUUACCGAGAAGGCUGAGCAAGACUCUCACAAGUCCGAUGCUCAGCGAAGAGAAGAAGAAGACGCAGACAUUGUAUCAGCGCACGCUAAGCAGCAGCGCAAAUUACUUUCUGCCGGUGAACUAGCACAUGGCGUGUCGUAUUCUAAGAGACUCGAAACUACUUGGACACCCCCGCAUUACAUCAGACAGCGGUCAAUGGAGGAAAACGUGCAUGUGUGGCGCAGAAACCAUAUUAUCGUAGAUGGUAAUGAACUCCCUCCUCCUGUUGAAGAAUUUGAGGACAUGAAAUUGCCAAACGGUAUUCUCAAGUAUCUUUACAAUAAGGGUAUUCAUUCACCAACGCCUAUCCAAAUGCAAGGUAUUCCUACUGCAUUCUCAGGUAGAGAUAUGAUAGGAAUCGCAUUUACAGGGUCCGGAAAGACGCUGUCUUUCUCACUGCCGCUGUUGAUGUUUGCGUUAGAGGAAGAGACCAAGCUGAGUUUUGGUAGGGGUGAGGGACCUGUUGGUAUGAUAGUGUGUCCGUCUCGUGAGCUUGCCAGACAGACCCAUGACGGUCUACUGCAGUUGAGCGAGGCGCUGCAGGACGACGGUUAUCCGGAGAUACGAAGUCUGUUGUGCAUUGGUGGUAUUAGCAUGGCAGAGCAGAAUGAGGUGCUACAGAAAGGUUAUCACGCUAUUGUUGCAACACCGGGAAGGCUGAUGGAUAUGCUCGAGAGAGGCAAGGUGAUGCUUUCGAGUUGCAAGUACCUGUGCCUUGACGAGGCUGACAGAAUGAUCGAUAUGGGAUUCGAAGAGGAUGUUAGGACUAUCAUGUCGUAUUUCAAACACCAGAGACAAACUCUGCUCUUCUCGGCUACGAUGCCAAAAAAAAUACAGGACUUCGCUUGGCAAUCCCUCGUAGAACCUGUUGUAGUUAAUGUCGGACGUGCUGGUGCGGCCAAUUCGGAUGUAGUACAAGAAGUUGAAUAUAUUGAGCCAGAGGCGAGAAUGUUAUACCUACUCGAAUGCCUCCAAAAGACACCACCUCCAGUGUUGAUAUUUAGUGAUAUCAAGAAUGACGUAGAUGAGAUCCAAGAGUAUUUGUUAUUGAAAGGGGUCGAAGCUGUUGCGAUACAUGGGUCCAAGUCUCAAGAAGAGCGUGAGUAUGCUAUCAAGUCGUUCAAAUCAGGAAGAAAGGAUGUUAUGGUCGCGUCAGGUGUGGCAUCCAAGGGAUUGGACUUUAGUGAAAUACAGCAUGUUAUCAAUUUCACCAUGCCCAAGGAGAUUGAAGACUACGUUCACCAGAUAGGUAGAACAGGCCGAAGCGGGAAUCGAGGAGUGGCGACUACAUUUGUCAACCAGAAUGUUCAGCAGCAAACAUUACUCGAUUUGAAGUAUCUCCUUAGAGAAGCUAAGCAGAAGGUACCACAAUUCCUCAAAGACAUAGAAGAUCCAUUUGAGGGAAAACCAUCUGGAUGUCCAAUAUGCGGUGGACUUGGACACAGCGCAGCCAAUUGCCCUAAGCUUGAAGAUGUACAGAGACGGAUACCGAGAGAGAGUGACGCUGGGGGCUAUUGA